UAUCCCAACACAGACAUACGGUCUCUCUCGUUUUCCUCUGCAUCCAAGUCCAAUAACAGGUCUUCGAUUGGCUCUGAGAAAGUUGGACUACAACUGGUUGAGAUAUCAGUGAGUUGGGGCAUGGCUGAGGAAACCCAUGUGGCAGAACCGGCAAAGGUUCCGAUGAAGAGGAAUAUAGGGAAGAAGAAGGGCUCUAAGGCUAGGAAAAAGCCCAAUAAAGCGAUGACGCUACAGGGCAUUCAACAGGGCAACAAGGCUAAGAAGAUUGACAGGAAAAUGAAGAAACUGUAUCGCAAGCGGGCACGAGAGUACAAUUCGGACGAGGAUGAUGAUGAUCAUCAUGUUGACAACAACCCUUUGCCCGUGAUCAAAGAUGAUGAAGAAGCAGAGGAGGUGGAUGUGGAUGUGAAUGUGGAUGUGGAUGUGGAUGUGGAUAAGGGGGUUUCUGAUGACGAAGAAAAUGGUGAAAUUCAACUCGGAAUUACGAAGUUUGCGGAGGGUUGUAGAGCAUUCAGGAUGGCAUUCAGCAAUAUUAUCAACAAGAGCGUGACUAACGAUUCACUCGGUCCAGUGUUGUCGGCGGACAGGAAGCUCAUUGCAGAGAAGCUUGCAGAAGAGGAGGCUGAACGGAAGGUCAAGGGGGAGGCCAAGAAAGAAAAACACUUGAUGGGAGAACAGGGGCAUGUGAAACCUGCUAAUUAUUUGGAUUCGCAUGAAAAGUUUCUAAUUGGCGUUGCUACAAAAGGAGUGGUCAAGUUGUUCAAUGCUGUCAACAAGGCACAAAAUGCUCAGAAAGGUUUAAAUCCCUCGAGGUCUAAAGAUGCAAAAGCAAUAAGGAAGCGGAGGAAAGAAACCUUCUUUUCAGAGUUGGGCAGGACAUCAAAGUCAGCAGCCAAUACUCCCACUGAGGGUCAUACAUCUACAGGCCAGGCGGAGGGAGAAGGGCCUGCCUGGGCUCCAUUGCGUGAUAAUUAUAUGUUAACAAAUUCUAAGUUGAAGGACUGGGAUAAGGUGCCGGAAACAACUGUAGCAGACGAUGUGGGAAGUAUGUCAGAAGAUGGUAGUUCUGAUGAUGAUUAAUGUUUUGGAACUCAGUAGGAAAACUUUCUAUUAGGUUGGGGAAACUGAAAUGUCGUUCUGUUGUUACUGCAGAGGAAGUUAUCUUUGUAAUGCAUUAUUUAUUUAUCAAUGCUCACACCAAAAUAUGUUUACA